AAUUCCUGAAAACGCCCAGAAUUAUCGCCACUCAAAAGCAUACCGAUGGCGACGGGAGAUGUUGACUUGGGAGAGCUUUCUCCAAGCCAACAAGAUGUCCUGCAGCAGUACAUGCAGGUCACAGAUCAAGAGGUCAAAGACGCCAUACCACUCCUACAACGAUCACAAUGGAAUGUCCAGAUUGCCAUCGCGAAGUUCUUCGACGGCGAAGGGCCUGAUCCUCUAGCCGAGGCGUUGGCUCAACAAGAGCUCCCGCGGUCAUCUGCCAGACUCGAAAACUUGCAGGAGAGCAUGUACACAUCAGCGGCUCAGCCGCCGAGACGCAACCCAGCCGACAGACCCGAACCGGCACCAAGGAUCGUCCCCAUGCCCAACACAAUCCACAGGCCGCCGUUCCUCGUCGGACUCCUACUGACGCCCUUCAGCCUCGGGUGGGCUGUUGCCUCUCGACUCUUCCGCACUGUUUGGUACCUCUUCUCCUUCUUGCCGGCCUCAAUUCGACCGCGAGGGUUGACGAACGGAGCGGCACCCGGCCUUCGGAACACCACGGGCCGCCGAAUGCUGAUGCCCCAAGAUACGGCAGCCAGGUUCAAGCGCGAGUUUGAGGAAGAGUACGGCAAUAGCGAGCUGCCGUGGUUCGAAGGAGGCAUCGCGCAAGCGCAAGAUUUGGCGAAGAAGGACCUAAAGUUCCUGUGGGUUGUGUUGAUGUCACCGGAGCACGACGAUACGGAAUCCUUCACGCGCGAGACGCUCCUGGCACCGGAGGUCAUCAGUUUCAUCCGGGAUCCGGCCAACAACAUCAUUCUGUGGGGCGGCAACAUCCUCGACUCGGAGGCCUACCAAGUGGCGCAAGAGUACAACUGCACCAAGUACCCGUUUUCAGCGCUGGUCUGUCUGACGCCCAAAGAGGGCAGCACGAGGAUGAGCAUCGUGAAGCGCCUCGUCGGCGCGAUGCCGCCGACAGUCUACCUCUCUGAAGCGCAGAGCGCCAUCAACAAGUACACGGCGGACCUGGCGGGCGUGCGUGCCGAAAGGACGGCAAGGGAGAUGACGCAGAACCUGCGCCACGAGCAAGACUCGGCCUACGAGCGAUCUCUUGCCAAGGACCGAGAGAGGGCUCGGCAGCGACGCGAGGCGGAGAAGGCUGCGGCAGAGGCGGUGCAGAGGGCAGAGGAGGAGGCCGCGGCGGCUACGCGGCUCGCAGCGCAGCGUGAUCAGUGGAAGCGCUGGCGGGCGGCGAGGAUCGAGGCCGAGCCAGCCGCCGACGACAAGGAGGUGGUGCGCAUCGCGCUCAAGAUGCCCGAGUCGUCCGGCGCCGGGAGGAUCGUGAGACGGUUCCGCAAGGAUACGUCCCUCGAGGCCCUCUACGCGUUUGUCGAGUGCUACGACCUGCUACAGGGAGAGCUCGACGAGAAGGCCGAGGAACCGGCGGACUACAAGCACAAGUUCGGCUUCAGCAUUGCAUCGAUCAUGCCGAGGGUGGUGUACGAAGCCAGCGAGGACACGACCAUGGGAGAGAAGAUAGGGCGGUCGGGCAAUCUCAUCGUGGAGGACGUCACCCCGCAUGUCGACGAGUCAGAUGGUGAGAGGUGAUCAGGUGUGAUGGUCAGUUUUUGUUUUGAUGUGGGGUUGGCAGACGAGUGCAUGUCCAGGCGGCGGCGUGGCCCUGCGCCGGGGAAGGCGGGCCUGGGCUGUAGGACAAUGGGGCCGUUAUGGCACCGUGAUCACGGACGGGGGAUGAGUAGGCCACCGAUCCAGUUUGGUCGCUACGAAUAGAAUUCUCCUCCUCCACUG